AUGAUUUUCAACUCCCUGCAGAUAAUUAGAAAAGGGCGAGAAGACGUAAAAUCAAGCCUUCAUGGAGAACUGAAGUCACUUUCGAAGAAAAGAAAGAGCAACAGCAGCAGAAUUGCAUCCCAGAUGAACAUUAUGUCCCCACCUUGCUUGCAUGAUUCAAUCUCAAUCUCAUCAAUGGCAGCCGCAGCAAGCACAAGUGAAGCGCAAGGAUUUGGCAUGGAGGAAUUCCAUGGGUGCACCCUCCUCCAUCUUGCUUGUGAAAUUGCAGAUAUUUGGAUGAUUGAGCUGCUCUUACAGUAUGGUGCAGCUGAGAUGAUGUGA